UUAGUAUCCAAGAUGGCGGAUAUAGUUUUGUGAUUUGAUUGAAUAUAUUUGUAUUUAAAUCAAAAACAAUAUUUUAUUCGGUUAUAUUUAAUAUUGUUAAAAUGACGGACAGAAGAGCAGAAUUAGAAAGGAAACGAAUUAAGUUGGCUUUAAUGAGAGAAGAGAAAGAGAGGAGAAGACGCGAAAAAGAGAAAGAAAUUAAGGAGACUGAAGACACAUUUAAGUCAUCAAAAACAGAUAUUAGAGAUGAAACAGAAAAAAUAUUGUCAUCCCUUGGUAUUCCUUUAAAUGAUUCACCAGGUGGGAAAUUUAUUGGUGUUCCUGAAGCACGUUUAUCACCUGUUCCUGAUCACAAUUCAAUUCCUGCUGGUCAACAGUUAGUUGGAAAACCUUCAAAAUAUCAGCAAGGAAAUUUUGAGACUGAAGACACAUUUAAGUCAUCAAAAACAGAUAUUAGAGAUGAAACAGAAAAAAUAUUGUCAUCCCUUGGUAUUCCUUUAAAUGAUUCACCAGGUGGGAAAUUUAUUGGUGUUCCUGAAGCACGUUUAUCACCUGUUCCUGAUCACAAUUCAAUUCCUGCUGGUCAACAGUUAGUUGGAAAACCUUCAAAGAAACUGAAUUUGACAGUUGUAAAUGUUCAUCAAACAAAUAUACCACCUAAAGAAAAUGUGUCUUAUAAUAAACAAACACAAACAUCAUCAUCAUCUAUCAAUGAUAGAGAUGCACAACCACUGGACUAUUAUGUCAUUCAUUGGGAUGAAGAAUGGGAUGAUGAAUUUCAAGUUCUCACUUACGCUGACAUGUCAGUUGAAGAAGAUGGGGAAGGGUCUUCCCUUCCCUCUCACGAUUUGGAAUCUUUUGCUCAUCCACCACACAAGGUGACUGGAUUACCUCAUGUAGAAAUGGUACGUCCUGCUCAUACACCUGAUACAGAAAGUGCCAUUCCACCUGGAGAAAUUGUAAAAGAAGAAAAAAAGAAAGCAAGGGAAUUUAGUGAAGAAGAAAAGAAACAAAUCAUGAUGAGAGAAGAUUUUCAAAAUUUUUUUGAUCGGGCCACACGAAUAAUAGAACGUGUUUUAUAUGAAGAUGUUGACAUUUGUGUAGACUAUACUGGUGGUGGAGAGGAACAAGAAGGGGAUGAUAAAAGUGGAAUUAAAUUAUCACUCAAUCGUUACUUUGUUGAUGAUCACUGGUCAAAAAAUCGUACAGUUACAAGUUUCGAUUGGUCCUCUCAGGUAAGCAAAUUUCAGUCAGCAGUUAUGUCUUCAUGUUUUGCCAAAUUUCAUCCUAACCUUGUAAUUGGUGGGACUUAUUCUGGCCAAAUAGUUCUUUGGGAUAAUAGAAGUAAUAAAAGAACACCAGUUCAAAGAAGUCCUUUAUCAGCAGCAGCUCAUACUCAUCCAGUAUAUUGUGUGCAAGUAGUAGGAACUCAGAAUGCACAUAAUUUAGUUAGCAUAUCAACUGAUGGAAAAUUUUGUUCUUGGAGUCUGGACAUGCUUUCUGCUCCUCAGGAUUCAAUGGAAUUGAGUCAGCAAAAACAAUCAAGACCAGUAGCAGUAACUUGUUUGACAUUUCCAUAUGGUGAUUUCAAUAACUUUGUAGUUGGAAGUGAGGAAGGUGCUAUAUAUACAGCAUGUCGACAUGGUAGCAAAGCUGGAAUUUUGGAUAUGUUUGAAGGUCAUCAGGGUCCUGUAACAGGAAUUGAUGCUCACACUGCUCAGGGACAAAUAGAUUUUUCACAUUUGUUUUUGACAUCAUCAUUUGAUUGGACAGUUAAACUAUGGAGCUUAAAGGAAAACAAGCCACUAUAUUCUUUUGAAGAUAAUGGUGAUUAUGUAUAUGAUCUGGCUUGGUCCCCUAUUCAUCCUGCACUAUUUGCAUGUGUAGAUGGAAUGGGAAGAUUAGAUAUUUGGAAUUUAAAUAAUGACACUGAACUUCCAACAAUAAGCAUAGCUGUGGAAGGUAAUCCUGCUCUUAAUAGAGUUAUAUGGACGCCUUCUGGACAUCAAGUAACCAUAGGAGAUGAUAUGGGCAAGAUUUGGAUAUAUGAUGUUGGUGAACAAUUAGCAACACCUAAAAUUGAUGAAUGGUCAAGAUUUGUUCAUACACUUCAAGAAAUAAAAAAUAAUCAAGCAGAUCAAGACAUGGAUGCAUUUAAUCCGCUCUCAUCUUCUCCAUUCUCGUCGUCUCCGAUUCGUUAAGAUUCACAAUUUCAUAAUUUGUGAUUUUAUUGGAACAUGGAAUGGAAAUUAAAUCCAUUUAAUUAUAAAUUGGGCCUUUAUUGAUAUGUAAAAAUUAUACUUAUUUCAGUAUUGUUGUUGUAAUGGGGCAACAUUUCAACAAUAUUAGUUAUAAAAAUAUUGCAAUUUAAAGACUUCUUAUUAUACUGCAGUUUGGUUUAAACUUAUUCUAUGCAAUAUUAUUAGUUAAAAAAUUAAUUUAUAAUAUCAAAAAUACUUUGUGGAAGGAAUAGUAAUGUAUAUUCUAUAUUUGUUAAGCUAAUUUUCUAUAAUAUUGUAUACAUAUAAGUUUGAGAGAAGUUAAAUGAAAAUGAUGUUGUUUAUAUAUUUAGUAAUUUUCUAAAUAUAAACAAAAUUAUUUGCAAAUUGUAAGUAUUCACAAAGCUGCUGGCUUAAUUAAUAAAUUAAAACUUUGAUACAGCUAUGUGAAUUCUCCAAACAAUUGAGGAUCAGAAAAAAAUUCAAAAAUUAUAUUUGAAAAUUGAGCAUUGUAUUUAUAUGUAAGAAAAUACUAUUGCUGAUUAUGUUGGUUUUCUAAUGUGGUUUGGUAAAAGUUCUAUAAAAAUGUCUAUUGAUAUGUUGGAUAUUUUAUAAAAUAUCUAUCAUUGGCUGCAAAUAAAAGUAUUAUGGAUAUC